AGGAAGCAGGGAAAUUAAACGUGAAAAAGUCAAUAAUAGCAAUGGUGUAACAAAAGUACCAGCUGGAAGCGAAACAAUUAACUUAUCGUUCGCGUACGUGGAUAAUUUCAAGAUCUACGCUUACGUACCGCUUCUUCCUAUUGCAAGGCGCCAAAGAGAGAAAAAUCGUGUUGAAAAGAUGAACGUAAUUCGUGCGAUACAGAUGUACAUUGAUAAAAUGAUCUCGGAUGCCGGACCAGGCAUGAAAUUACUCAUGAUGGACCGGGAGACGAUAAGUAUCGUGUCAAUGGCCUUUGCCCAGUCGGAGAUGUUGCAAAAGGAAGUGUUCCUGUUCGAACGGCUCGAUUCCAUGCGUUCUAAUGAAAAGCUGAAGUAUCUGAAAUGCAUCGUAUUUGUGCGUCCCACGAAGGAUAACAUCUUCUUGCUGCAGCAGGAACUUCAAAGCCCAAAGUUUGGCUCCUAUUACAUAUAUUUCAGCAACAUUAUCCCACGGACGGACAUAAAAACGCUUGCCGAAAGUGACGAAGGAGAAUCCGUGCAGGAUUUUAAGGAGAUUUACGCCGAUUAUCUGCCGGUCAAUCCGAACCUCUUCUCGCUACACAUCCCAACUUGUCUGCAGGCGCUGAACUGGAACCCGGAAGCACUAGAGCGCUCCACGCAGGGUUUGGUCAGCGUGCUACUAUCGUUCAAGUUCCGUCCGGCUAUUCGCUAUCGGUCAGGGUCCACCGCAGCCCAAACGCUCGCAAAAAAAGUUCACGAAACGAUCAACAAGGAAACGGCACUGUUUAGCUUCCGGCCACCGGAAGACGGUGCUGCACCACCACUCCUGCUCAUACUGGACCGACGAGAUGACCCAAUCACACCGCUACUCAACCAGUGGACGUAUCAGGCAAUGGUCCACGAGUUACUCACAAUCAAUAAACAGCGAGUGGACCUAUCGAGAGUUGCAGGUGUACCGAAGGACCUAAAAGAGGUGGUCCUCUCGACGGAGCAGGAUGAAUUCUACGCUAACAACUUGUACGCAAAUUUUGGCGAGAUUGCCACCACGAUCAAGGUGCUGAUGGACGAGUUCCAGAAGAAGGCAAACGAUCAACGCAAGAUCGAAAGCAUAGCCGAUAUGAAAAACUUUGUCGAAACGUACCCUCAGUUCCGGAAGAUGUCCGGCACGGUUACGAAGCAUCUCGUGUUAAUCAGCGAACUAUCGGUACAAGUCGGUCAGCAGCAGCUGUUUGAGGUUUCCGAACUGGAGCAAGAAAUAGCCUGCCGGGCUGAUCAUUCGACCCAGCUGCAACGAGUAAAGCGGCUCGUAUCGGAAGGCAAGAUCAGUACGGCCAAUGCACUGCGUCUCGUAUUACUGUACGCGAUGCGUUAUGAACGGCACGCAAACUGUGACACGUCCGGUUUGCUAAAGUUACUGCAGGAUCGUUGCGGCCGGCCGCAUAUUGCGCCCCGCAUGCUCGAAUACAUUAGCACCGUGGCACGGCAGGAACUGUUCAACACAGUCAAGAUAACCGAUGCAGUUAAGCUGACGCGUAAUCUAAUUAAGGAGCUGAAGGGGGUCGAAAACGUGUACGCCCAGCACGAGUGUGUGCUGAAGGGAACGCUCGAGGAGAUCAUCAAGGGACGUCCGCUCGAUGCGCAGUAUCCGAUCAUGGGCAAUGAGGUACCGUUCCGGAGACCACCGGCUGAAGUGAUCGUAUUCAUCGUCGGUGGUGCAACGUACGAAGAAGCACUCGCAGUCCAUCGAUACAAUCAGGAAGGCUACCGGAUCGUUCUCGGUGGCACAACGAUCCACAACUCGGAAUCGUUCAUCGAGGAAGUGCUUGCCGCUACGGUUGGAGUGCCAUUUAAACAUUCGCGCUCGCUGCAGCAAUUCCACCAUGCACCGGCUGGGACGGCUUAGAGGGAAAUGAGUGCUGCUUCCUUUUAAUACUAGCAAACGAGAUUUAAUAGGUCAUAUUUAAACUAUCAUCGUUGACCCUAGUGCUUAGUGAAUCCUUUGAGAAGAGUCAUUCCUAUGAAUCUUCAGUGAGAAGACAUACAAAUCUUGAGUCUAUUCUCAAAAGAUUCACGAAUCUAUGAGGAUUCUUGAAUUUUUGGGAGUACAUGAAUCUUCAGAAACGAGAUUCAGAUUCAUUCACGAAUCUGACUCAGAUUCACCCAACACUAGUUAACACCAUUCCUUACACAUUAUUCUGAUUGUUGGUAUGUAUACUACUUCCCGGCAGGCCUUGGUGUGUGCGUGUGCGCGUGCGUAAGAUGUGUAUGUAAUAAGUAGUAUCUUUGCUCGCUUAUUUAUUCGUCCGAGGAAAGCCGUAUCUAGAUAAACUGAAAUAAUAUAACUGUGAAACAAGAUUUAAAACAAAUAAACUCUACACCGCAUUU